UGUAGUUGGUAGUACUGAUUUUCAACUGAUAGAUUUAACACAUGAGCAUAUUAUAUUAUGAAUGACAUAUGUACAUAAGUAUUUAUUUUGUGUUUAGUGAAGUAUUUUUGAUUAAUUGUACACUUUCAUUAACAAAUUAAAUAACUAUUAAAUAUGAGUAAAACUAACAAAAAGCAGAAGAAAGCUGCUGCUCUGAAAGAAAAGAGAAGGAAGACUUUGGCGCACAAAACUAAUAUAACGACUAUUCAAAAGAAAAAGAAGACAAACCAAGUCAAUAAUUUAAAAAAAAGUAAUAACAUAUCCGAUAGUAUGAAAAAUAUAAAUGAUAGUUCUAAUAAUAUAAAACAAUUGAUAAAAAUAAAGAAUGAAGCAAUAGAUCCAAAAAAAAUAAUAGACAGUAAUAGAUCCAAAAAAAAGAAAAUGAAAAAAAAUAAAAUACAAUUGCAACAAGCUAAUGGUAAAAAUAAACAGAAUAAAAAAACUGUUAAAAGUAUGUUAAUGCCUCAAGAUAAUCAGACAAUACAAUUAAAUGCAAAAGGUACAAUGAAGAAAAAAAAUAAUUCUAUAAACAAAAUUCUGAAACUAAAGAAAAUUACAGAAAAAAGAGUUAGAUAUGCAAAAGAUGAUAAUGUUAUUUCUAUAAAUAAUACAGAAUUAGUUAAUAAUAAAAACAACAGCAAGACUAAGAAAGAUUCUAAAGUAAACAUCCAACUUUUAAGAGAAAUGCUUGCUACGAAAGAAAAAUCUGAAAAAAAGCCAAAAAAAAUCAAAGAAACAUUACCAUUAAGAGAAAGGAUGAUGUUGAAAUUGAAAGCAUCAAGAUUUAGAUAUUUGAAUGAAACUUUGUAUAAUAAUACUAGUACACAAUCUAAAAAAUAUUUUAAAGAAGAUCCUGAUUCUUUUAUAGCCUACCACGAUGGAUAUAAACAACAAGUUGCUCAGUGGCCUUUAAAUCCUUUAGACGUCAUAAUAGCAUCUAUUAAAAAUAUGCCUAAUGAUUAUAUAAUAGCUGAUUUUGGAUGUGGAGAGGCUAUGCUUGCAGCAUCAAUUCAACAAAAAACACAUUCAUUUGAUUUAAUUUCUGUAAAUGAAAAAGUACAAGCAUGUGAUAUGUCCCAUACACCACUUUUAACAAACAGUGUACACAUUGUUGUGUUCUGUUUAUCUUUAAUGGGUACAAAUCUUGGUGAUUAUAUAUUAGAAGCAAAUAGAGUUCUUAAAAAGGAUGGUAUUUUGAAAAUUGCUGAAAUUGAAAGUCGAUUUGACCACAUAGAAGACUUUAUUAAACUUUUAAAUGAUUAUGGUUUUAUGAAUACAUGGAAAGAUUUAUCUCAGAAUUUAUUUUACUUUUUGGAUUUCAAAAAAAUAAGAGAUAUUACUACUAAUAAAAGUAAACUGCCAAUGAUUACUUUAAAGUCGUGUUUAUACAAAAAGAGAUGAAUAGAUAAAUUAUAAUGACAUGUAAAUAUUUUUUUUUAAGAAAAUAAAAAAAAGUCUCUCCUUUUUAUUUA